CAGGAAGUUAUGUCGUCCGCUGUAUUGUGAUUUAGUUGAAAACGGUGGUUUGGAGUUCUGCUGAAGCGAAGCCCGCUGCUAUUUGGUGCAUUUUUUGGGAGAUAAAUUUACUGGUUUCUACUUAAAUUUAACUGUAAGCGAACGCAGAAAACACGGAAUAUUGGCGUAACGUUCGGUCCUGAUGUCGGCCUCCUUGCCCCCAAAAGGGCCUGGUCUGCCCAACCUGCCCCCUCAGCAGCAGCAACAGGUCCACGCCACCCCCAUGCCAGGCCCCGGGCAGCCAGCCAUGCCUCUCCGCGAGAUCUCGCCCGUCUUCCUGUGUCGCAUCGGCCAGGAGACGGUGCAGGACAUCAUCACACGCACCAUGGAGAUCUUCCAGAUCACUCGCGCCACGCAGCUGCCAAAUGGGGUGACUCAGAGCCAGGCAGCAUAUCAGGACCGCUUUGGGAAGCUGCAGGAACACCUGCGUCAGCUGACCCUUCUGUUCCGCAAGCUCCGCCUCCUCUAUGAGCGCUGUGUGGAGAUGACCUCUGAUCUGCAUGAAGGACCAGCAGAGCUGGUGCCCUACCUGGGAGAGGAGGUGACGCCAGUCCGUGUGGAGCCCUGCAGCCCAGCAGUGAUUCAGGAGAGGCAGGAGGUGCUGGAGAAAGUAAGGCAGAAGAAUCAGGAGAUGAAGGUUCUGAUGGAUCAGAUGAGGAACCUGCUGUGGGACGUCAAUGCUAUGUUGACCCUGAGGAAGUGAUCUCCUGUCACCACACCACCUCCCCCUUUGUAAUCUAGUGGCUUCCCUCAAUCCAGUCCUUCAAAGCUGAAUCCUCAGGAAUCCUGACUCACUGUUUCCUCUCUCGGUGCUCUCAGCACAGGCUGUUUUUUUAAUAUAUAGUUUUAUGAGCUGUUUUGUGUUAUUUAUAAGCUUGGUUCUUCUUGGUCUGAUGCAUGAGGUGGACCAAAAAGCACAUUUCUCACCACAUCAUGUCGAGUUUGUUGCAGAGCUGGGAUCAGUCCAUUUUUAAUGUGUUCAAUAGUGUGAAGAGAAAAGGACUGAAUCCAUUCACACACUACACUCUGGGAAAAAUUACUUUUUAUAUACUUUUUGGCACAGUUUUUUUUAAUGGUUACCUAGGCUGAAUGUUGCCUGUUGUCAAAUGUUGGCAGCUAUUGUCUCAGGAGUAACAACUGGAGACCCCUGGAGUUGAUUGAUACAUGUCUUUGGUGUGGUGGGUAACAUCACACUGGGUGAGGGGUCCCGGUUUGCCCUCAGCUGAGAACAAUCCAAAGAGGACUUAGUGCAUACCUGUAGGAUGUGUGUUUUUUCUACUGCAAUAAAAUGUAAAAGAA